AUGGUGAAAGAGUAUUGCUUCAAUACCCUUGAUGCGUCAACUAGUAAAGCAAGGGUGGAUCACUUGCGUAAGAACCUGAAGAAGCUUUUUGAUGUUUACAAGAAGAAUCCAACAAAAACAGCAGCAGGAAGUUCAAAGUCAAACAAUAUGGAGCAAAACAUUCUUCCUGGAUAUGGUGACUUUUAUGCUUUCAUCUCCCAAACAGUUGGUGCUAAUGGCAAGUCAGCAUUAGACAAGUACUUAGAUGAACCGGUUUUGGACAUGAUGACAUUUAAGAGCUUGGAUGUUUUGAAAUAUUGGAAGGAUAAUGCAAACCGUUUUCAAGAACUGUCUUCUAUGGCUUGUGACAUCCUUAGCAUCCCUAUUACGACUGUAGCUUCAGAAUCUUCGUUUAGCAUUGGAAGUCGGGUGUUAAGCAAGUAUCGGAGUUCACUCCUUCCUUCUAAUGUCCAAGCUUUAAUCUGCGCAAGAAAUUGGCUUAAAGGUUUUGAAGAGAUUGUUGAUCCAUUCGAAGAAGGCAAAGAAGGGGAAAGAGAAGGAGAAGGAGUUUGA